GACAUUUAACGGAAAUCUUCACACAACGAUUGGCGUUCAGCUUUCGAUUGCAUAAAAUCAACGUUUCUUUGGCCUUUUUCCCACAGAAUGCGUUUCACACAUUUGCCUCUUUCCGUAACUUUAUCUGCUGUAUUUUUUAUUGUGCAAGGAAGUAGUCGGCCUUUGCAUAUCGUGUUGGUAGUUAUCGAUGAUUAUGGUUGGAGCGAUGUGGGAUUCCACGGUUCAAAAAUUCACACCCCAAACAUGGACAAGCUGGCAGCAGAAGGAGUCAUCUUGGACAACUAUUACGUGCAACCGAUUUGCUCCCCCACGAGAAGUGCUCUCCUUUCCGGCAGAUAUCCAAUCCAUACAGGUUUACAGCAUGGAGUGAUACGCCCAGCCGAGCCUUAUGGGCUACCACUGGACUUAAAAACGCUACCAGAAAUGCUCCAGAAAGCUGCAGGCUAUGAAACUCAUAUUGUUGGAAAGUGGCAUCUUGGUUUUUAUGAAUGGCCUUAUACACCAACAUACCGUGGAUUCCAUUCAUUUUAUGGCUUUUAUACAGGGUCUGAGGACCAUUUUAAUCAUGAAAAAUAUGGUUUACUUGAUCUGCAUGACAACAAGGAGCCAGUAAGAGAUAAAGGGGGAUUUUAUUCAGCAAGGCUUUUUGCUCAGCAAGCACAGAAGGUUGUCCUAUCCCAUAAUGCAUCAGCACCACUGUUUUUAUACCUGCCCUUUCAAAAUGUACAUGGACCAACCCAAGCUCCGCAGGAGUAUGUGAACAAGUACCAAUUCAUUGAUCAGAAGACGAGACGAGAGUAUGCUGCAAUGGUUGAUAUAGUUGAUGAAGCUAUUGGGAAUGUAACACAAGCUUUGGAGCAAUCAGGUUUGUGGAAUGACACAUUACUGAUUGUCACCACUGAUAAUGGUGGUAUUCCUUCUGCUGGUGGAUAUAACUGGCCCCUCCGUGGUCACAAAGGAACCCUAUGGGAGGGAGGGCUCAGAGGGGUGGGGUUUGUUCACGGAAAAAUGUUGAAAAAGACUGGAGUCAAGUGUACUGAACUUCUCCAUGUAACAGACUGGUAUCCAACUCUCCUUUAUUUGGCAGGAUUAAAAGGGGGAGAUUCCAGUGUACCCCCACUGGAUGGUUUCAAUAUAUGGCAGACAAUAUCAGAAGGGGCCCCUUCACCUAGAACUGAGAUUCUGCACAACAUUGACUUGGCACCAAGCAAAAACAACUUGAGGGAUGUUGAUGGUGGCUAUGAUGGGAUUGCAAUUCGUGUGAAUGACAUGAAGCUGUUAAUGAACGUGCCUAAUCUUACGUGGUAUAAGCCUCCAGAAUUAUUUCCUGGAUAUCAGCAGAUCUUUGAGGAUUGGAGCAAACUCCCCACAAUAGAGGUUGCGUUGUACAACAUUACUGCUGACCCAACUGAGCAUGUUGAUCUCAGCAAGAAACUUCCAGAUGAGGUUGAGAAACUGAAGGAAAGAGUUCAGUAUUACAUGAAAGGGGUUGUCCCUUCUCUGAAGAAACCAGCAGAUGAAAUGGCGACAAAAGUAGCCAAAGAGAAAGGCUACUGGGGCCCUUGGAGAACCUAAAUAAUCUUUUUAAGUUUGGAGUUUAGUUCAUUUUACUCAAGAGCUUGUUGGUAAAUAAAUGCAUUACAAUACAGA